AUGGUGUUUGAGCCAAUUUAUGAAGCCACACACCAAAAGACAUCUUAUAAAGAUGAAGGCAACAACAAUAUUGCAGCUCAAACUUUCACAUUCAGAGAAUUAGCAACAGCCACAAAGAAUUUCCGCCAACAAUGUCUUAUAGGUGAAGGUGGAUUUGGGCGUGUUUACAAGGGCCACCUUGACAAAACUGGUCAGGUUGUAGCAGUGAAACAACUUGAUCGCAAUGGAUUGCAAGGAAACAAAGAAUUCCUUGUGGAGGUGUUGAUGUUGAGUCUAUUGCACCAUUCAAAUCUUGUAAAUUUAAUUGGAUAUUGUGCUGAUGGAGAUCAAAGACUUUUGGUGUAUGAAUACAUGCCUUAUCUUUCACCAGGUCAAUCUCCUCUAGAUUGGUUUACAAGGAUGAAAAUAGCAUUAGAUGCAGCAAAAGGUUUAGAAUAUUUACAUGAUAAAGCCAAUCCACCAGUCAUUUACAGAGACUUGAAAUCCUCAAACAUUUUGCUAGAUAAAGAGUACAAUGCAAAACUCUCAGAUUUUGGAUUAGCAAAACUUGGACCUGUGGGAGAUAAUACACAUGUUUCUUCUAGAGUUAUGGGAACUUAUGGUUAUUGUGCUCCUGAAUACCAAAGGACAGGCCAAUUAACUGUAAAAUCUGAUGUUUAUAGUUUUGGUGUUGUUUUAUUGGAGUUAAUUACUGGAAAAAGAGCAGUUGAUAUUACAAAGGAUGGCCAUGAGCAGAAUUUAAUUACUUGGGCUGAACCCAUAUUAAAAGACACAAGUAGAUACAUAGAACUAGCUGAUCCACUUCUUGAAGAUGACUUCCCAAAGAAAAAUUUCAAUCAAGCAGUUGCUGUUGCUGCUAUGUGUUUACAAGAUGAUGCAGCAGUUCGUCCAUUGAUUAGUGAUGUUGUCACUGCUCUUAGUUUCCUUGGUCAAGAACCCUACAAUAAUAUUGGAUUAAUUGGUUCAUCGCCAAUAAAUAACAACACUACUCAGAAAUCACAAGUUCCAUUUGAUGAAAAUCAUAAAGAAGAAGAAGAAAUAUCUGUAGUAGAAAGACAAAGAUCAGUUGCUGAAGCUAUAGAAUGGGGUUCAAAUUCAAGAAACACUAUGCAAGAUCACUAG